GGUUGUGUCUUUGUUAAAGGAGUGUCACACACAAAGUGGGAAAUAAGAAUAAUAUGAAGUUUUAAUGUCACCUUAGAUUUUCUUUUUCACCUCAAAUCAGGCUAGUAUGUUCUGCCUGUUGGUGGCUCUUAUUUUGAUUUGAUUUCCGCAUUGGUGAUACCAAGGAAGUUCUUCCAGGCGUUCUUAACGUAACAGGAUCUGGAAAUAAUCGGUUUAAACAAAUUCACAAAACAAAAUUUCAAGGCUAGUUUCUUCACAACAGUUAUUGUGCACGAUGAUGAAAGCACUGAGCAGUACAGAGGGGCAGACCUUAGAUCCUUCUCUCCCUGUCUCCUCCCUGCACCUGCUGGCUCCUCCACUUCAACUCCUCUCUGCAGCCAUGUGGCAAAUUCUACAGCAGCAAGACAUGUUGCAUUAUGGGAAACUGGAGGAGUUUGUGUCUCUGGUGAUGGAGACAUUCCCAGAGCUGCUGAGUGAGAGCCAGAGGACCGAGCUCACUCUGGGGCUGCAGUACAUGUCCCCAGCAGGGUUUGGCUCCAAAACUGACCCAGCUCUAGAGGUUCUGUUGUGGGAGUUUCUUUCCAGACUGGAUCAGCUGCUGCUGGUACCAGACCUCAAACAGACAGUGUGCUGGCUCAGUGUGGCCCCCUCUGUCCUGGAGGUCUGUGUGCAGUCUGCCUCUUCCCCAGACCAGCUGAAGACCCUUCUCAGGCACCACAGAAGUAUUGGUCAGUUGGACAUGAAUGCAACACUUCCAUCCAAAGAGGAGUGCAAGUUGUCCUCUAUAUCUCACCCUCCCUCUCAAAGAAUGGUGGAUUUUACCAAGCUGACAAACACCAACAGUCAAUCAAAAUUAGCAACUGACUGCAUGACAUGUUCAAGCCCCAACUCUCCUGGUGAAGACAGAAAGGCUGAAUCUAUGUUGGACAGCUCGGUAGAGCCAGGAUCAAGUUUGAACAGAUGUGAUUAUAUAGAAGAGAGGACAAAUGGAUACUUAAUGAGCAGAGAGCAAAAAGACAUACUAACCAACAUGAAGGAGGAGGAGGAAGAUGGGCAGAGGCAGAGUCUGGAAAUGGAGACAGUGAAUGAUGUGAAAGGUGAAGAGGAACUCUGGAAGGAGGAAGACAAAAAGCAGGAUGAGCAGAGGGAUGGACAUAUAACUUACCAAGUUGGCCAAACUGACAAAUUGCAGAUGAACGGAUUAAAAUCAGAACAUGGACAUCAGGAAGGGGAGGAGCUGUCUACUCUGUUCACUUCCUGUCUACUAAAACAACCUCGAGUGCUGAUUCACCGGGUAGAAAUUGCCAAUUGUUCAGUUUCUGUGUCAUCACUUCUUCCUCCCUCUAAAAGAGGUCAAGGUGUGAUGUGCCAUGAGAUCUCGUCACGGAGAGGAAAUGGAUCACUGACACAGAGGGAUCAGGAAGAGAAGAAGGCCCAGUUAAAGAGACCGUUUACAUCAGAGAAUGGGAUCUGUGCUGAAGCCUCCCUUAUUUCUCCUGCCAUCUCCCCCAGGAACAAAAACACAGAGCCCUCUCUCCCUGUCUCCUCCCUGCACCUGCUGGUUCCUCCACUGCAACUCCUCUCAGCAGCUAUGUGGCAAAUUCUACAGCAGCAAGACAUGUUGCAUUAUGGGAAACUGGAGGAGUUUGUGUCUCUGGUGAUGGAGACAUUCCCAGAGCUGCUGAGUGAGAGCCAGAGGACCGAGCUCACUCUGGGGCUGCAGGAGUCUGGCUCCAAAACUGACCCAGCUCUGGAGGAUCUGUUGUGGGAUCUCCUUUACAGACUGGAUCAGUUGCUGCCGGUACCAGACCUAAAACAGACUGUCUCCUGGCUCAGUGCUGCCCCCUCUGUCCUGGAGGUCUUCGUGCAGUCUCUUUCAUAUGCAAACCAGCUGAAGACCCUACUCAGGCACCACAGAAGUCUUGGACAGUUGGAAAUGAAUACAACACUAGCCUCCAUAGAGGAGUGCAAACUAUCCUCCAUGUCUUGCCCUUCAUCUCAAAGAGUGGUGGAUACUACCAAGCGGACAAUCACCAACAGCCAAUCAGUAUCCAUACUCAAUCAGUGCAUGAACUUUUCAGGUGACACCAUAAAGUCUGAAUAUGUGACAGACAGUUCAGAUUACGCAGAGUCAAGCGACAUACAAACUGACAUGAAGGAGGAGGAGGAAGAUACGGAGAGGCGGAGUGUUAAAAUUGAGGGAGACGAUGGUGUGAGAGAUGAAGAGGGACUCUGGAAGAAGGAAGAAAAAGAGAGGGAUGAACAGAGGGAUGGACAUAUAACUUACCAAGUUGGCCAAACUGACAAAUUUCGGAUGAGCGGAGUAAAAUCAGAACAUGGACAUCAGGAAGGGGAGGACCUGUCUACUCUGGUCACUUCCUGUCUACUAAAACAACCUCGAGUGCUGAUUCACCGGGUAGAAAUUGCCAAUUGUUCAGUUUCUGUGUCAUCACUUCUUCCUCCUGUGGCCUCUAAAAGAGGUCAAGGAGUUAUGUGUCCAUGGAGAUGCCAUGAGAUCUCGUCACUGAGAGGAAAUGGAUCACUGACACAGGAGGGUCAGGUUGUGACCCGGAAGAGAACGACCCAGUUGAAGAAACCAGUUGCAUCAGAGAAUGGGAUCUGUGCUGAAGCCUCCCUUAUUUCUCCUGCCAUCUCCCCCAGGAACAAAAACACAGGACAAAUAUCGUCUCAGGUCUUUGCCUGCUCCCAGUGCCCAUUCGUUGACACAGAGGAAGUGAAUCUUCACCAGCACAUUGAGAAGGUUCACCCAGAGGAGCUCAGCAGGACUGUGGGGUCCCAACAACAUCAGCAACCUCAUCCAGGGAAAGACCGAUACCAAUGUUCCCAGUGUGGGAAGGGGUUCUCUCGGCCAAGUGUUUGGAAGCAACACCAGAUAACUCAUACAGGGAAACGCCCAUACCAGUGCUCCUACUGUGGGAAGAGCUUCACUCGGUUAGAUCAUUUGAAGCAACACCAGCGAACGCAUACAGGGGAACGCCCAUACCAGUGCUCCCAGUGUGGGAAGAGCUAUACUAAUUUAAGUCAUUUGAAGCAACACCAGAUGACUCAUACAGGGGAACGCCCAUACCAAUGUUCCCAGUGUAGGAAGAGCUAUCUUCAAUUAAGUCAUUUGAAGCAACACCAGAGAAUUCAUACAGGGGAACGCCCAUACCAAUGUUCCCAGUGUAGGAAGAGCUAUACUUAUUUAAGUCAUUUGAAGCAACACCAGAUGACUCAUACAGGGAAACGCCGAUACCAAUGUUCCCAGUGUGGAAAGGGUUUCAUUCAGUCAAGUGAAUUGAAGCAACACAAGAGAACCCAUACAGGGGAACGCCCGUACCACUGCUCCCAGUGUGGAAAGAGCUUUAUCCAGUUAAAUCAUUUGAAGACACACCAGGUAACUCAUACAGGGGAAUAUCCAUACCAGUGCUCCCAGUGUGGAAAGAGCUUUACCCAGUUAAGUCAUUUGAAGCAACACCAGAUGAAUCAUACAGGGAAACGCCGAUACCAAUGUUCCCAGUGUGGAAAGGGUUUCAUUCAGUCAAGUGAUUUGAAGCGACACAAGAGAACUCAUACAGGUGAACGCCCAUACCAUUGCUCCCAGUGCGGGAAGACCUUUACUCAGUUAAAUGUUUUGAAGCAACACAAGAUAACUCAUACAGGGGAAUACCCAUACCAAUGUUCCCAGUGUGGGAAGAGCUUUACUAAUUUAAGUCAUUGGAAGCAACACGAGAUGACUCAUACAGGGGAACGCCCAUUCCAAUGUUCCCAAUGUGGGAAGAGCUAUACUAAUUUAAGUCAUUUGAACCAACACCAGAAAGUUCAUGCAAGGGAAAGUCAGUACUGCUCCUAGUAUGGUAAGAGUUUCAGUGUUUCAGAUUAUUUGAAUGCCCACCUGAAAAACCAUGCAUCAUUGAAACUAGAAAAUGGUCAAUUCUGCACAGAUAUUGGGAAGUAUUUUCCCACACAGAGAGUGGUCACUGUGUGGAUUAGCUUGCCAGGACAUAGUGGAAACAGAAACACUGGGCGUUUCAAGACCAGGCUUGAUAGGAUGCUUGAUACUAUUGAGCUUUUUGGCAGACUAAGCAGUAGGCAUACUUUAUUGGUAGGCAAGCAUUGCUGGGCUGAAUGGCCUGUUCUCACCAUUAUGUUAUGUUAACUAUUCCUCUGCUCACAGUGUAGGAAGAGCUCCAGUCAUUGAAUCCUUACAUUUCAGAGAGAAAUGGUACAAUAUUGCAAUAUACAAUAUGUGUUGUUAAAAAAAAGUACCUUACAUGAACUUUGAAAUGCAAAAUUCCCAAGUGGCAAAAAGUGAUCUGAAGGUUAUUUUGGUAUUGAAGUUAAGUGAAUAGCAAGAGGCUAAGAGCAACCUUAAAAUGUCUAAAACUGGAGAAAUAUCAGGUAUCUGGAAACAAAGUUGUGGCGGGUAGAGGCAGGGCAAUCCGAGGACCACCACACACCUGGAAUGGCUUUACGAAUCAGUCCAGGAGUUAAGUGUGCUCCUCUCCACAGUAGGCGGCUGAGACGGGGAACACGCGGGAGAGGAGAGAGACCAGACAUGAGGGCUGAAAAGCUGCGAGUCGCAAGCCAGCUGAAAGGAUAUGAGGGUCUGGUUAUUUUCAUCGCGUUUGUUUAGCCCAGUACCCGUGAGGGUUCAGGGUGAGGACUUAAGACUUUUGUUUAUUUUGUGUGAAUGUGCAUUUUCCCUUCCUCCACUGCGUGCAUUCCGGAAUUUCCGUAUCUUCCUGUGUCCUGCUCUUCUGUUCUCCACAGUGUGUGACACAAGUAUUAUAAUACUGAAGUGUUAAAAUAUUGUAAGUACAUUUUAUUUGACAGGUUAUGCAGCAUUAUUUUAUCUGUCCCUAUUCAACAUAGCUCGUUCUCUUCUUUCCGAUAAAGACUGGCUGAGUAAAGGCAGACACUAAUAUCUUCAACUCCUCCAGGCUUUGUGCAAAAAAUUAUGUGACUUUAUAGUGGGAAACAAAGCUUUACUUUUCUACCUAAUGAGGUGGUUGUCAUUUGUGGUAACACCUUGUACACUGUUGCACAAGCCUCUCUUAUAAUGGUGAUAAAGGAUCAGUAAAAAAAUGCUUGUUUUGUAAGCUUUUGACUCUGUUGACAGGUGUUCUCUUACUGCAGAAAUAAAUACCCUUAUAAUUACAUCAAAUCUGAAGGGUUUUCUUGACUGGAUUGCUUCUCAUGAUUAUGCAAAGUAUUUGGAUUUUGUCACAGAAAAACAAGUUAA